ACUAUAGACAUCGUGCGUGUCUUCAGUAAGCAUCGCAAGAUGGACAACAUUACUAUGAACUUCACCGAAGGCAACUCCACGGUGCACGAGACUUUCUCGUCGUGUUUCCGCGCGCACCUAGAAAAUAACGUGGACUACGACCUGGGAGUAGCUGCGUGCUCACAUCUCCCCACAACAUUCAUCGACCAGAACAGGAACGUCGGGAUCGUCUCCGCCGCUGUCGGGACAGUUGUUCUCCUCGUGAAUGGUUUGGUUUUGUCCGGAGUGCUGAAAAACCAUCAACUGUCCCAACCCAUGUACCUGUUCGUGGCAAACUUGGCUGCGGCGGACUGCGUGGCAGGUUUGUUCUCUUUCUUCCUUUGCGCCAGUCUUCAGAUGGAACUGCCUCGGCCAUUGACAUCAUUGCGCAUAGCCUGUACCUUCUUUUUAGUGUUGGUCCUAUCAGCAGUUAGCGUGGUCCUCCUGUCCGUGGACCGUUAUCUGGCCAUCCUCCACCCGCUGUUUUACCAGACCCGCGUGUCCGGGCGACACGUUGCCGUGAGCUUGGGGAUCGCGUGGCCAAUUUGUGUUCUUGUCUACCUGUCUCCCCUCAUGGGCUGGAACUGCAUCGAGAUGAAAGCAGAUAACUGCAUGGGACAGCUGCCACUGGCCUACAUGAUCCUGAUCAACACCAUCUUGUUGAUAGCCGUAGUGAUGGUGGUCUUCACCAACGUCAGAAUCUUCAUCGUACUAAAGCGGCGCAUCUCCAGAACCCGACCCCUCGAAACCCCUCAAGACAAUCUGCCCGCCGCAAGACGCAGGGAACAACGAAUCGCGGUAAGAAAAUACCAGCAACUCCUAAACAGCAUGAAGAAGCAGGUGACAGUUAUCAUCAUUGCAGCGGUGUUCGUCACCUGCAUGCUGCCGAUUUGCAUCGGGUUUCUACGGAACAUUUUGUGCUUUGCAAGAGAGGACUGUGAGUUAGAGGAAAGACCAUACUGGGGGUUGUUGAUCGCACUCUGCAAUUCGGUAAUCAACCCAGUCAUCUACGCAUUCAGGAUCAAGAAGAUUCGAGACGCUGUGCAUCGCAGGGCGCGACGACUCGCCAACGCGAUGCGUGAAAAGGUGGGGUGGUCAUCGGAUCAAGUGGUGAACAUUCAGGUUGUUGGUGAGGCGCGAGCAAUGGCAACUGCUGGAUCGAGUACGGGCAAUCGGACUGGCCAGAUGCCUAAAUGGGCAGUCCAUCGAAGGGCGGCACAGAAUCCGACAACGGCACAAAGUUCAAGCAGUGCAGAUGUGCCCUUCGUACCCUCGCUAAAGUCACUGCAGACGCCAGCUGUUGAAGCCGUAGGCAGCGUGAAAGACAUCGAGUGAGCAAGGUAAACUGAUCUCUAAGGAGAAUCAGAUUUGUUCGAAGACUGUUGUAAGGUGUACAUUUGCGGUCAUGUGAAUUUAGUUUGUUUGUAAAAUUUUGUAAUUUGAUGUAUUGAGGAGUAAUACGUAUAAUACAACAAUUCGAUUAGUGGGAAGGAAAUCUUUAAAAAAAAUCCUAGGCCUAUUAUCUACACAGCUGUAAAAGUGACGUAGCUAUGGAUGGUUAUGCAGUUUUGUUGUGUUGCAUUAUAAUGCAUAGAAUUAAGUGUACAUUUUACUCAGCUGUGUGUCAUUCAC